AUGCUGUACAUUGACCAGCCAAAUCAGGUUGGCUUCAGUUAUGAUGUCCUGACGAACGGUACCUUUGAUCAGGUUAAAGGUGCCUGGAACUUGUCGGAGUGGUCCGGGGUGCCCAAGCAGAACAACACUUUCUACGUCGGCACGACAGCUAGCCAAGAUAAGUCUACUGUGGCUAAUAGCACUGCGAACUCCGCGCGGUCACUAUGGCACUUUGCUCAAACCUGGUUCACCGAGUUUCCGCAUUACAAGCCCCAUGAUGACCGGGUUAGCAUCUGGACUGAGUCAUACGGCGGUCGUUACGGUCCAUCUUUCACUGCCUUCUUUCAGGAGCAAAACGAAAAGAUAAAAAAUGGCAGCAUCGAUCCCUCGGGGGAUCCACACUAUAUUCACCUGGAUACACUGGGCAUCAUCAACGGCUGCAUUGAUCUCCUAGUACAGGAAGCGACAUACCCAGUAAUGGCAUACAACAAUACCUACGACAUCCAGGCCAUCAACAAGACCUUAUACGGUUACGCUAUGAAUUCAUGGGGUCGCCCCGGCGGAUGCAAAGACCAGAUCAUUCACUGUCGCGCGCUGGCCGCAGAGGGCGAUCCGCAAAUGCACGGCAACAACGAAACCGUCAACAAAGCGUGCCACGACGCCGACAAGUUCUGCAGCAACAAUGUCGAAGGUGCAUACUUAGAGUUUGCAGACCGUGGCUACUACGACAUCACCCACAAGAACCCCGACCCUUUCCCACCAUCCUACUACUUGGGCUGGCUGAACCAGCACUGGGUGCAAGGCGCACUGGGCGUCCCGAUUAACUUUACCCAAUCAAGCGACGGUGCCUACAACGCUUUUAAUUCUGUCGGAGACUAUCCGCGUUCAGACGUGCACGGCUACCUCGAAGACCUGGCGUACGUGCUGGACUCCGGUAUCAAGGUCGCCCUCGUUUACGGUGACAAAGACUACGCUUGCAACUGGAUUGGGGGUGAAGACGCCAGCUUGCUGGUCAAUCAUGCUAGUGCUUCUGGGUUCCGGUCUGCCGGGUACACGCCUCUACGCACGAACUCCUCGUAUAUUGGCGGCCAGGUCCGGCAACAUGGCAACUUUUCUUUCACCCGUGUCUACGAUGCUGGUCAUGAAGUCCCGGCCUACCAGCCACAGACUGCAUAUGAGAUCUUCUAUCGUUCGCUGUUCAACCGCGAUCUGGCCACGGGUAAGAUCAAUACUGCACGUAAUGGCUCCUAUGCCACGCAAGGGCCUGCGUCUACUUGGCAUAUCAAGAACAACGUCCCGGAGAGUCCGGAUCCGCUCUGCUAUAUCCUUGCUUUGGGGUCGACAUGCACUGAAGACCAGAUUGCAAGUGUGAUCAAUGGCACCGCUGUUAUUCGUGAUUAUGUUGUUGUGGAGGAAAGUUGA